CCUACCUACGGUUUCGCAAUGUGGACACGGUACUGCGGGUUUCGCAAUGCGGACCCAUGCUGCCCCUAGGUGAUGACCGUCGCCAUUUGUGCUAGACGCAUUAGUCAUCAAAUAGGAGCUACGCUGGUAUUUUCGCAUCUGUUUUUUUUUUGUGCCCCCACGAAUGCCAACCUUAUUGAUUGGCUGCGGCUUAAAGGGGGGAUUGCGAAUGGGCUCGAGAUGGCUGAAUUUGAGGGCAUGGGCUACGGCCUAAGAUGUUCAUCACGACUCGAGACAGGCGCCCAGGCACUAUUUGUACCAUCAUCUGUGAUAUUCAGUGGUGGGAACGGGAAUACAAUUGCGCGUGCCCACGGGCAAAUUCAGCCGCUUAGUGAUGCAGAUGCUAUCGCCUUUAAUCUGCUCUUGGAGCAGGCUAAAGGUCCGAAAUCUGUUUGGGCAUUGUACAUGUCUAUGCUACCUCCCGCUGUCCUCACGCCGAAAUUGUUUGGACAACCAGCCCUUAGCGCGUUGCAUGAACCACAAGUUGCCAGACGUGCUGCAAGAGCACACGAUCUAGCUGCAGCUACAUUGGUGCGGGUCUCGCCAAGCCUUAGACGCGCAGUGCGGGCAGGCUGUGCUUUGGCGAGCGCCUCGGACAUGAACAUAUGUAUUGAGGCACACACGUCGAUGGCAAGCUGGGCCUGGGCAUUGUCGAUUGUGAACUCAAGGGCAUUGAUAUUCAAGGGCGUUCGUUUCCUCGUACCCAUCGCAGACCUUGUCAAUCAUCGGACACACAUUGGUGCGUGGAUGCGGGAAGUUGAACAUGGCAAUUUCUUCUUGAAACACCACGUUUUAUCUACUUCAGGGCUUCACACAUCAAGCGAUCGCAACUUCGCUCCAGGCUACCAAUUUUUUGAAGACUACGGUGACAACCCAACUCACAUUUAUGUUGAACACCAUGGCUUUGUCCCGGAAGAAGAGAAUCCUUUUGACUGUGCGCCUGUCAAGCUUCCUAGCCUAAAUCACGACGGGAAUGGCCGCGCAAAUAGUCGAAUUGACGUCCUGACUGCAGUUGGUGUCCAUAGGAUGCCAUCAAAAUGCAUGCCUGGCGAGCUCAAUCGCGUCCGUCAGGAUGUACGCAUCUUGAUAUGGGCGCUCAGCAUAAACACCACACAGCUUGAGGCCUGUCCUGCCACACUUAGCGACGGUGCUGCAUCCUCUCAAUGCGAGUAUGCUUUUCCGCUGCCAUCUUUGCACGAACGUGUAAUCGCCCCCGCAUUACUCAACGAAGCAACGGGCGGGCUUGCGGCCUUUAAGACGACACUAAAGAAAGAUGAGAUGGCUCUGGUAGAUCCUUUGCUCGCACACGAUCUGCGCCUCUCUAUUUGCUUCCGAAAAUCCCGGAAGCGUGUCUUGAUGCGACUCGCCAGCGAAGCUGCGGCCGCCAUAAUAUGCGAAACUUCUAAUAACAAUCCCCACGAUAAAAAUGACGACCGUGUUGCACAUGCGCCAUUUGUGGAGCUUAAAAAAACUGUGAUGCUGGGUCCACUAACAAAACGUGUCGCUGACUUCAAUGCAUGGACAAGCUCACGUAAUUGGCCAGUGCUUCACGUAAAAGCAGCGAUCCUGUCGUCACAUGGAGGCCGGAUUGGUGCGGUUGCAACUAAAUCUUUAAAUCAGGGGGAAGUCUACGUAGACGUCCCAGAGACUGACUGUCUAACAACAAGUGCUGCCCGCCGCGAGAUUGGUACUGCAGUGCGUUCUCUCGAUGACUUCCAUGCAAUUUUAAUUUUUCUGGUGAAGUGCGUUGUGGCUUUAAUCGGCAGUGAUGGCAAUGUCAAUACCACAAACAAUCAGUUUGGACCCUACCUCGCUCUGCUUCCAGGAAUUGAUGAAAUUGUCAGUUUAACCCUUGGCAUCACAUUGGGCCAGGAUCAUCACAGUGCCCAGAGCCCCCCGCUACUUUGGGCCAACUUGCCCACAAAGGCUGCAACUUUUGCACGGGACCGUCUUGAGGGCUCGGCCCUUGUGAUCGCCCUACCUGCAUACGUCGCCUCGACGCAGCGUACCUACAAUGCCAUACUCCAGCGUAUCAACCGGCGGGCUCUUGGAGCAGCCAUCCGGCACUCUGACGUCGCUCUGUCUUGGCCCGUCUUCCGAUGGGCUGCUCAGAUCCUCGAUAGUCGCUCUAUAUGGUGGAACGGUCAACGCCAUCUAGUCCCAAUGCUUGACCUUGUCAAUGCGGUACUUUUCAUGUUUGGAAUAGUCUUUAAGGUCAAUUCCGGCGUAGGCAGAUGCAUUCGAGAUACCACCCGGCACGAGCGUGCAUCGCACCUCAACAGCAGUGCGAGAUAGAAAGCGAUUUGCCAUUACAUCUGCUGCGUGGCAGUUUGAUCAAGGGGAACAAGUCCCUCGCCACGUCUAAUUGAAUUUACGAGCUUAUUCUUUGGGUGUGUAUUGUGGUAAUCACAGGUUCUUGAGAAUUAUGGGCAACCGAAUCAUAUCCUUUACCUUUAUCAUGGCUUUGCUCUAAGUGCCAAUGACCACGACUGCGUGCGUCUCGACUUUAAGAUGACCAUGGCCCAUGAUUCGGACGCACUGGACUCUGAAACUCCUGAAUCUGCGGCCGUGAAGCGGCGUCUCUUGACUUUUGGCUUCGGUGCAUUGGAUUACACCACUUGUGUCACGUCUGGUUCCCCGCAUCUUGGGCGUCUGCUUGAGUUCAUAUCUAUCAAGCACGGUGUUUCUCAUAAAAUUCAUCACUCCCACUCGGGCGCUUAUCUAGCACUGCUCGAGGAGGUUGACCACCGCAUUUAUAUUUACGACCUGAAUACCCGAGGUACUGUCGGUCACGCAAAGACGCUGAUCUAUAACGAGCUCGACCAUCUCCGGAAGCUGAGAAGUGAACUUACCUACCUGCUUGGGUACAAUGCGUUUCUUCCACUCGGGCGCUAAUUCAUACUAGUUCUGUGCUGCCAUUGAUACCGUGACGAGUACUUCUCGUACUCCCCCAACUGACCUACUUUGCCGCUAAGUUAUAAGCUGAGGUCGACACUUAAAGCGCAAUCUGCCGCAGCCACGCGCCGGCCGAAUGGCGGCAAACUUUCGCUGAGGCGCAGGUUCCGUAUGCUAAAAUGAUGGGCUGUGCACAGUUUGCUGCGGUGCGGGCAGCCUCGCGAAGAAAAAUCAGCUGAGACGCGGUGCGAUGAUGCGUGGUCAGAUGCCAGUGUGAGAUUAAACCCGCCCCAACCAUAUCGCUCCAAAGACAGUAUAAAUGGACGCGUAUAGAGGACGCGCAAUUACGCCCUAAUUUCCCCCUAUCGUCCCCCAGUCGCAAUCGUACCUACUGGAAUUUCCGGUGUUCGCCCGGGUGAGUGAGCAAAGUCAGAUAAACAAAAUAAAAAAAGUUGAAAAAAAGGAAUAAUUUCAAUAAAUAAUAGGAACUUGAG